GAUCUUAUAACGACUCAUCCUGUGAAAUUGACGUUACUGCGUUUAGCUGACCACAACAGUAGUUCUGGGUCGCCUUUGUAAUUAUUUCUAUGUCUUAAAUCGCAUUUUUUAUCCUUUUAAAUUCACCGGUGACCGUCCUUUUAUCGGAAACACCUCCAGGAUGAUUCCCACCGAGGACGCGUCCGCCAGGAAGCGGGAGAUAGAGGAGAAACUGAAGCAGGUCGGACAUGAUGGCUGGAGGGGAAGGAAGCAUCACAAACGAAGCUUUGACACAUAAAUAUAACACUCCUGUCGACCUUUACAUCGUUUUUAAUAGAUAGAUGUGGUGUCUGUGCCCUUUAAUAACCUGAGAAAAGCGACUCAAUGCUGUUUUGUUGGUGUUACAGGAGCAGGAGACUCUGUCAUUCAUCAGGGAGAACCUGGAGAAGAGUGAUCAGCUGACCAAGAACAUGGUAGGACGGACACACCUGCACAAAUACAAUAAAACACACACAAAAAUAACAGUUAGAUACAAAGUACUGAGUCAAAUCCAGUCCUAUUAUAGCGGCUAUUCCUUUAUAAUUAUAACAUUAACAUGUCCAACAUGAAAUACGGGAGAGUGGGGUAAGUUGAGCCACCCCCUGUUUCUUGGAAAUGGUGUAAGAAAUUGAUCAUGUGACCAAAUAUUUAGGAGAUGGGCAUCAAUUCAUGGAGUCUGUGAAGGUUCAAAGCGCAUGGGUGAAGGGGUUAGACAUUUAUUUAAAAAAAAAAAAAAAAUUCACUCUGUAAAGUGAAUUGAGUCUGUCAUCAGUUUUAUUAAAAUUGUGUUCAGACCAAAAAAGACCAACAUCAAUUGUGGUAUCUAUGAGGCAUAAAAGUCCACCAUUUUAUCUUAGAAGACUAAUAAAGUCAUCAUAGUAGUUCUGGGGUAACUGAGAAAGUAAAGGAGUCUGAUGAGAGGAUCCGAGUUUCAGUUCAGAUUGUUGAAAUGUUUGACUUUUUCUUUUUAAAAAUACAGAUCUGUGAAUGUUCUGAAUCACUUAAAGACAUUCUCAUGUUCAAAUGACUUUUUACAAAACAGCUUUUUAUCAGUUAUAUGGAAUAAUAAUAAUAAUAAAAAGAAUUAUUGUACCAGUUGAAUAACGAAUAAUAGAUAAAAAUACACAUGAAUUACCCCACUCCUGUGGUCAAUUUACCCCACGGAUCUGUCUUUUUUAUUUGUUUUUCAUUGAAUCAGUAAACAGCAAAAUAUAACUCAACAACAAUCUUGGAUUGGACAUUGGAUUGUACUAGAGGCGUGUCAAAAACACCUCACUCUCGCACCCAAACAUUGACAAAAAUUCAGGCCAGCAUAGUCACUACACAGGCCAUUAUGCAAAAGAGCAUCUUGUCUUGUUAUUAUAACUGGAGAAAACUGGGAAAAGAGCCUUUUUCUCUUUUUUGUCGAGUCACAAAUCUGAGUAUUUUUUGCUGUUUAAUUGUGUGUUUUUGUCCUGUAAGGUCUCCAUCCUGUCUUCGUUUGAGAGCCGCCUAAUGCAGCUGGAGAACUCCAUCAUCCCGGUCCACAAACAGACGGAGAACCUGCAGCGUCUGCAGGAGAACGUGGACAAGACUCUGUCCUGCAUGGACCAUGUCAUCAGUUACUACCACGUAGCCAAAGACACAGACAGGAUCAUCAGAGAGGGGUAGGACUCUGAGACUGAGGGCUGGUCUUUUAUUGGAGGAGAUGGGAGAGGAUCAGAGAUGUCUCAUCGUUUUGGAUUCUUCUGUUUCAGGCCGACGGGCAGGCUGGAUGAGUAUCUGGCUUGUAUUGCGAAGAUUCAGAAAGCUGUGGAGUACUUCCAGGAUAACAACCCUGACAGCCCUGAACUCAACACAGUGGUACAAUAUCUACCUCUGUCUUUAUGUAUGCACUCUCUGUGAGGUUAAGCUCUAGUUUUUGAGAAGUAGAGGAGAGGACCGGUCCUUUUUAGCUAAUUUUUGGUCCUAAUAUGGAAAGAUUUCAGAGGAUGUUUUUGAAGAAAGUCACUCUGUGUGGUUAAACACCAACAUUUACAACUAAAAUUAAUCUGCUCUUUUUGUUUUCGUUUCUGCAGAAAGCUCGUUUUGAAAAAGGUAAAGAGCUUCUGGAGGCGGAGUUUCGCAGCCUCCUGACCCGCUACAGUAAACCUGUUCCCCCGAUCCUCAUCCUGGAUGCCAUCAGUGUGGACGAGGAGCUGGAGGUCCAGGAGGACGUGGUGCUGGAACACCUUCCUGAAGCUGUGCUGCAAGACAUCAUCUGCAUCGCCGGCUGGCUGGUGGAGUACGGACGCAACCAGGGUACAGCUGAGUUUGUCACAUCCUGUCCACGACUGCUGGACUGUCCUCUUUUAGCUUUUACAACGAACAGCUCAUUCAUGUGGUUUAAACUCUUAUUCGUCCAUGGUGCAGUAACUCCGCCCCCCUGUAUUUUGCUUUAUCAGUACAGUUAAGUCCGUUAAACUCUCUCCUUUUCCCUGCAGAUUUCAUGACCGUCUACUUCCAGAUCAGGUCCAAUCAGCUCGAUCGCUCCAUCAAAGGCCUGAAGGAUCACUUCCGUAAGAACAGUGCCUCUUCUGGGAUCCUCUACUCGCCGGCGGUCCAAACCAAACGCAAAGACACGCCCACCAAAAAGGCCCCGAAGAGACCAGGUCAGCACUGGACUCCUUAUAACACCUGAUCCACUUUCUCUGGACUUCGGUCUGUGAUCACACCUUACAUCAGAGCCCUGAUUUAGAGGAAGGCUAACACACUCAGGCUCUUUUCUGCACACUGUUGAUGAUUUAACGUUAGCAGCACCUUUCAUCACAUGGAAAUCCUCCUCAGUCUGUUUGGUUUGAUUACCAUCCAGCCUCAUUAUUCUGUUUCAAGUGUCCUCUUCAUCCUCUCUGUGAUUAACCCAGAUGUAGAGCACCCUCCUACAAACACACUUCUCUGUUUCUGUGUGAUUUGACUCUCAGCUCAGACUAAUCCUUCAUCCUUUCCUCUUUCAUAAUCCCAAUGUUGUGAUGACAGUCUACAUCCCAGGUAAACACAAAGCUUGUGUGUCUGCACUGUGCUUGCUUUUGUCCGUCAGAUGCCACGUUUCAGGGCAGAGAAGAGGCUGAAUGAGUUUGUAAAGAAAGUAGGACUAGAAAAGUGCUGUUCUCUGGAGAGAUGUUGUUGUUGUUGUUGUUGUUGUUAUAGAGUAGAUUGGAGCUUCUAGUUUCACUGUGGUGUGUUCUGCUGCUGUCGGACCUGCCUGAAAGACCUCCAAAGAGAGGCAACCAGGAACCACCUCAGCUGACAUAAUCUGAAUCCACUCUUUAUCUGGGCGCAAAAUCAAUUAAUCCGAUCAUGAUGUUCGUUUACAUGCAGCAAGCACCAAGAUUUCGCUAAAACAAACGCAGAAGAAGAAGAGUUGUAUUUACGCCUGUGCUGUCAACAAACCAACAAACAUGGUAGCAGCUCACUCAAUCCAAUUCAGAACUAUUUUCCCCCUGUUAAAUCCACUAGAUGUCGCUCUUGCGUACUUAUUUUACUGCUCUGUCAAAGGUUGUACUGUGUGUAUAGAUGUGACAUCACUGCGUAUGUCUUGUUAUGUUACCGGAGGCGAUAUUUAUUUCUAAAUAUUUCUUCUAUAGCUUUUCUAGCCAAUCAGAGGCAAAGGAGGCGGGACCUAGCCUUCGUAAUAACGUGUUUCAGAAUAAAGAUCGGCUUAAACCACCUCUCGAUUAGAAUACAUUUUCUUUCCGAUUGAGUGGAAUCAGAUCAGAAACUUCUGAUCGGCAUCUUUACGUGAUGCAUUUUUAUUCCGAUCCGACAUUUAUUCCGAUUUUUUGUGCCCAUGUAAACUCAGCUAAUGUGAAGGUUCAGAAGCCGGAGUCUGCGCUCCCCCAGAGUGUCUGAGAUGCUGCACCUUUUAAACUUGACUCAAGUUAACGGAGGAGAACUUACAUUUAUCUGAUAACUUGGUUUAAUUCAGCUGACACCUUCCACGUGAAACUAGAGGCUGCAGAGUUUGUGCGUUCUUGUAAAUUAGCUGUUUGUAGUCAGCGUAGUGUUAUUGUGUCAAACAGAGGAGCUUGUACCCAUCAAACAGCAGAUAGUUUUGUCACAAAUCUGUUGAAAGAGUUUUAAACGUGCAACAGGAUCUAUGAUUAUAGAUUUAUUUAUUAUUUGUUGUUUGACCUGAAAACCCCCAACAUGCACUUCUGACUCUGUCCUGCUGCUGCUUUUAACUGAAAUCAUAACACAAAAGAUGAAGUAGUUCUUGGCUUUAAUUUGGGUAAACUUCGAUGCAGACGGUGUGAAGUUGCCACCGUUUAGAAAUAUGUAAUCAAACCAAUAUAAGGCAGCUGUCGCCCCCUGCUGCUCAUGACAAACACUGCAGGUCGAAGGCACUACCUCUCUGCAUCUACGUGUUUAACAGCUAACUGUCUGUUAGCAUCAUCCACAAAUUCAAAAGCCGUCGCUUCCAGCUCGUCGCCACGAACAGUGAAACCCUCAAUGACCGCAGCUUCAAGUGUGCCUCAUGCUAACUAACCCACUAACCAAACUCCGACAUGCUGCUGUGUAAAUAUGACUGUUUUUGUGAUGAUAGUGGUUUUAAUGUUGGACAUGAAUGUUAUAAUUGUGUUAAUUUUUUGGCUGUUUUCUGUUUUUAAACCUGACCUAACCUGUUUAUUCUGCUCUUACAUGACCCUCAGUACUGAGCACAUGUACCCCGGUGUGUUUUCAUGACGUAGCUGUAGUCGCUCUGUCUCUCACUGGUUAUCCUGUUGUGUAGCUGUGGUGUUAGGCUCCGCCCCCCUCUGCUGCCUGCCUGGGUGGUGGUGUCUAUUAUUCAUCACCUAGCUCUUCCUUCUUCUUCUUCUUCUUCUUCUUCCUUCUUCUUCUGUUUCUUGGCUGUCUGGACCUGCUGCCCCUCCUCCUCUGGACUCUGUCUCUGUGUCUAUGGGACCAGGGACCAUUCGCAAGGCUCAGAACCUUCUGAAACAGUACUCACAGCAUGGGCUGGAUGGGAAAAAGGGGGGCUCUAACCUCACUCCUUUGGAAGGUAACGCACUUCGGUCUUCUCCCAGGUGUCCUCUCUCUCCCUCCUUCUUCUCAGUGUGUCUGUUUAUGUUGUGCUUCCAUGUUGUUUCUCAAUAAGGGAAACAAGCACACAUAAACCUCCUCUGUCACAACAGCUCUGUGAUGAUGCAGAUUAUACAUAAAGCAAAAAUAAUCAGAGAAUAAAUCAGGAUUUAUAUUCAAGGCCUACAUGAAGCCGAAUGAAUCGACACUCUUUACAUGUUAGAAAAAUGUUUAUUAGCAGUGUUUCUAUCGUGGAUUAAUCUCACACUUCAGUUUAAAAGUUGAAUAAUCUCUGCAGUUUUUAAAAGCAUGUCCACUAUCCAGCAGAACCACAUUGAACAACGAUGAAGAAACUAUCUUUACUCUGAUGGCUUUAAAGGGAUAUUCCGGCGUGAAAUUCGGUUAGGGUCAAACACACCGUAACACCGAGUUAGACACCCCCUCCAGAGAUGAAUGUUGCCGACCGCUUGUUUCUCUAGUUAUACCAAUUAUACCAGCCAUAGUACUAGACACCAAACAUCUUUUUAACUUUGACUAAUUUCUUUAGAAAAGAGACUAAACACAACUCACCUACUCUCUUCCAGCAGACGCUUGUUUGUAGCGAGACCUCAGGCCAGUCCAUUAUGGACUACAGCGGGGUGCCGCAGCUCAAGGAAGAACAUUUAUGAUCAUUUCUUCAUGGAAAUACAAUCAGACCGAGACGCUAAGACAGAAGAACUACCAGGUCUGCAGUAAAAAAUGAUUAAUAUGAUGAUUAUUACUCUAAGGAAAUGAUGAAGAAAUGAGACACUUUUAAUUUUAUGCCAGAAUAUCCCUUUAAUCCUCCAGAAUUAAACCCAAUGUGGAUAUCUAAAGCUUCUAUGAGAAACUUUUAGUAUGUGUGGAAUUUGGCGCCCCCUGUGGACAUAACAGUCAUUGCUGAUCUUGCCCUCUCCAUGCAAAGACAUCCGACCUAAGUUUCUCAACACUGGAGGUUUCUAACAGGCACAACAAUCGACUUAAUAUCACGUCAAAGUUUUAUCGACUUCAUAAAUCAAACCUCAUAGGCUGGUGUACCACUAAUGGAGCUGUCUUGAGCAGAUCUGUGAAAGGCAAUGUAGGGUAACCCCCCCCCCCCCCCAAAACAUCCUUGAAAAGCUGCACUAAGUCCAAAGCUGUUGUGACCUUUUUCUCUAAACACACACUGACUAACGCACACGAGUCUCACACACAAACACACAACCCCCCCAGACUGUGGUGGGUUCCUCGCUUCCUCCCCCUGCUUGGUGGUGGUCGGUUCAGAUGUUCCAGGUUCAGGUUUGCCCCCCCUCCUCCCCUCCACCUGGCCUAGUCAUGACCCCUCAGGUUUGACUAGGCCUGUGUCCCUGCUGACCCCCUCCAAACCCCUCACCCUGCCCACCAGGUUUUGAUCACGACCUGCGGGUCAAACACCUGUCUGACGCCCUGACCGAGAAGCACGGGGCCGCCGCAGGUGAGUGACGGGGACACGGGGGAAGAACAGGAAUGAAGCAGGGAAUUUCUUUUUUAAUUAAAAGUGCUACAAGAAAACACCGUCACAUACUCACACCUGAACUGUUUUAAAAACAACAAGCCACCACAGCCACAACCUGGAGAUGUUUAUGAUGCACCUGCCUGACAAGAUCUUUGUGCUCCUCUCAGGGAAAGACGAUGUCCUGGACAUUGAGAUCGACUCUUACAUACACUGUAUCAGUGCCUUCGUCAAGCUGGCCCAGAGCGAGUACGCCCUGCUGGCAGAAAUCAUCCCCGAGCACCACCAGAAGAAGACCUUCGACUCUCUCAUUCAGGUCAGACGCAGACACGAUCAGCUGAAACCGACAGAACAGAGUCCGUCUCAUAAAAUCCGAAGAGUAGAAGUCAUUAAAGGUGGAGUAGGCAGGAUUCUGUAAAAGAAGCAUCUUUUUUUUUGUGGUGUAUUUACAAAAAAGCUUUUGAUAUCAGUCAAUAGUUAUUAGUUAUUGAUGACAUUUGAGAAUAUCGCAAUAUCACUGUGUUCUCUUAUGUCUGUGUACCGUAUUUUCGAGGGGAGAGGAGGAGCUGAGGGGAAAACUGGUUUGAGGGGUCGAGUUUACAUUCAAGAUUUCUCCUAAAAACUGGAACUUCCUCAGAUCCUGACUAACCAACCUUUAAGUAAAACUCCCAACAGUUUGGACGCUGUUGUAUAUGAUGGUCAAGGCAGAAUUUGAUGGUUUGUAAGUAAAUCUUCGACAAUAAAUCAAACAUGGAAACUGAAAAUGUGACAUUUAUCUAUCAAGAAGAGGUAAGAAAUGCACACUAAUAAAAGUAAAAUAUAUGGAACUAAAACAGAGAUGAAGUUAAGUGAAAGCAUAAAAAAAACCACAGUGAAGUAAUCAAACAGCAAUAAGAUCAGUAAUUAAAUAUAAAUAAAGAUAAUAUCAGUAAUAAAUGAGAGUAGUCCAGGAUGAAGCAACAAAACUAAACACAUGGAUGAAUCUCUGUACUAAAGAGUCAGGGUGGUUUGACUUUUCAGGGCCUGAUUCAGCGCUGCACGGCAUGACUCUGUAGUGAAAGUCACCGCAUGAGCUCAGAUUCACUUCUGAUCCACCGUCUGUAAAUACACGUCAUCACUACAUCCAGAAAUAAGGUCGAAACUCUUCAUUCGAACUUCCUGUGGGAGGAUGUUAAAUGACUCAAACUGCUUUAACCCGUAAGACGCCGAACUCUGAGUUACUCUUGUUCAGGUUUUACCUCCAGAGAAGGAUCGACAGAGUCUGACCCCGGAACAGGCAGAGCGUCUGCGUCUCUCAGAACAAGAGUAGACCUGAAGGUGUGAUGUUAAUAACUCUGUAAGAGGCCCUUCAGGUUCAGAGGUCUCCGUGUUGAGUUUGCAUGCUCCAGAUUCCCUUCACAGUCUAAAGACAUGCAGGUCAAGUUCAUGUGAGACUCUGUUUCACCCCUCAGUGUGAAAUCCUGCAUGUGACUGUUUCAGUGUUCCUUGAAAAGAGGACGUUUGAGUCUGUAUUAAUCCUGUCUGAACACCUAUAAUUAAAAGUUUUCACAUGAAUUAAACUGUCACGGCUCUUUUAACGAGGAGGUGAAGUUAUCAUAACAAGCUCUAAGCCGCCUCCGCACCCUCGUGUCUCCACACGUCAGGACUUCAUCUUCCCUUCACAGAUAAAUACCGUAACUUUUUAAUUGAACUAAACGUCAAACUGAAGUAUUUUAAACAUGUUAAAUAAACUGUUUGUCUUAUCUGACUUUAAUUAUUUUGGACAGAAAUCUUCCUGCAUGACAUGAUGGUACAGUAACACGGCGGUUAUGUAGAAAUGUCACAUGAUUUGUUGUUUUUCGUCUCUGAGUCAGACGGUUAGAAACUCGAUGACUGUCAAAGAGAAGCCUUGAAUUCAGCUGUCUCUAUUUAACUUCCUGUGUUUCCUCGUCCGUCCACAGGAGGCGCUGGACAACCUGAUGCUGGAGGGCGAUAACAUCGUGUCUGCAGCUCGCAGGGCCAUCAUGCGUCACGAUUACUCCGCCGUCCUCACCAUCUUCCCCAUCCUCAGACACCUGAAGAUGAACAAGUCCGACUUUGACGCCACGCUGCAGGUCUGCUUUGUUUGCACCCCUCUUUUGUUUUGUACUGUCCCUUUAACGAUGAGUUGAGAGCUGGCGGUACCACUGCGUGCUCCAUGUGAGGAGGUUUCACCUCGGGCAGACAGCCCUGAUUAGAUUCUGGUCUGUGGCUUCAUCCUGCUCUGUCCACUGUCCUCACAUCCUCUCAGACAAACGCACAAUGAGCCAGAAACAUGUGUUCAAAAUCCUGACCCGUGUUGGUGCACUGAUGCUGUCAGUACGGUGGCCCUGAGGGUCAAUUGCACCAUCAGUUCAUGUCCCCAGAAACCGUUUAUCUGCCGUGUUUAUGCAGGACACUGUUCUAUAAUGAAAUCAGUCUGAAAUGGAUCUUUUAAAGCUUAGUGGUUCGGAUUGUGUGUUUUUUUUUUUCAGGGAACAGCAGCGAGCACCAAGAACAAGCUGCCGACUCUCAUCACCUCCAUGGAGACGAUCGGAGCCAAAGCUCUGGAGGAGUUCGCAGACAGCAUCAAGGCAAGAAGACGCUCACAUUUACCUCUGUUACCGAUCACUGAUCAUUAAAUCAAUCACUGAUUACUGAGUCCUCUCCUGUUUGACCCCAGAAUGACCCCGAUAAAGAGUACAACAUGCCGAAAGACGGAACCGUCCACGAGCUGACCAGCAACGUAAGCCCGCACUUCACUCCGCUCUCUGUUACGUGACUCUGCCUCCUGUAUUUGCUCUCUCUGCGCUCCAAACUAACACCUACCUCUCUAUGAGGCCUCCUCUGUUUGUUCAUCUCUGGGGAUCCAGGCGGUCAUCAUGGCAACGUCCAACAGCGGAGAGCCGAGUGUAUGUGUUUAAUGAGUGAGCUGAGGCAACGCUAACCUUGACCUCUCCCUCCCGCAGGCCAUCCUGUUCCUGCAGCAGCUGCUGGACUUCCACGAGACGGCCGGAGCCAUGCUCGCCUCGCAAGGUAGAGACACACCGACGAGACCCUGACAGACACAACGAGACCCCCACAGACACACCAGCGCCACCUGCAUGAACACAUUAACCGCUCGUACAGACGUGGCUAACAUGACCCGCCGGCGUCAUUAUGUCAGACCUCCUGCUGCCUGGACACGGUUUCAUUUACAGCUAAUAUCAGCCGUGAUCCGGGUUGGCUGUCUGUGAUUAUAUAAAGUGACAUUAUACAUUAAAAACAUCAGAGCAGAUCUGAACACAGGAACAUGUGUUAUUCUGUUGAAAAGUGUUUGGACAAAGAUGGUUUUCAGGUCUGAUUGCUGAUUGUGUGACUCUGUCAGAGCCGUGAGCAUUUUCACACAAAGACUCAAAACAAAACCAGGAGACUGGAGAACAAACUCAAGGUGAAGAAAAAUCCUUUUCAACCCAAAUAAGAGAAAUUUGGAGAGAUGGUUUCUCAUUUUCCUGCGAAGCUCCGAGAAGAGAGUGAAAUUCAGCAGCUGUCAGGUGGACAGAGUGACGUUGUCUCUCAGAGGUUUAUUCGACACAGUCAGAGUAAAUAUUUGUACAAAUUUGUCACACCAUUGGAAACAACUAGAAUGACUCACAGCUUCAGGUUGGAGCUUCGAUUGACUGACAGUACAUGAUAAAGAUUAAAAGAGACACUAAUCAAGCUGCUUUAUAUCCUAAAUAUCUUCAAUUCAUGCUGAUCUCUCCUGUUUGGAUGAUUAUGAAAACUUCAGUCGUCUUAGAGGAGGAACUUCUUUAGUGUCAGAUUUAAUCUUUAAAGUCUGAAAAGGGAGGACGCAGUAAAAGGAGCUAUUGGACGUCUGCAGCUGCAUUUCUGGUGCCUUAUAAAACUCAUGAGGGUUAGGAUGACAAUAAAUCAGCAAAUAUGAAGUUUAUUUGAUGUGUCACACACACCCUUACUUCCAUGUUUUCAGCAGAGAGCUCAGAGAAAACACCACGUCACUGUCCAAACACUUUUUAACACCCUGUUUUGACUCCAGGUUUGAUAGUCUGUUUACACUCGGCUGAUACUGACUCUUCAGGUGGACUGAUGGUCUCUGUCUGUGUUUGAGGAGUAUUAACCCUCUCUUUUAUUCACUCUGUAUCUGUGACGACAUGUUUCCACCUUUAACCUCCUCCUUUCCUUUCUCUGGUCUCUCCUCUCAGAAGGGGACCUGCAUGUUUUUAGUUCCCUCCUUUAUUUCUUGCAUUAAUCUGUUCGACUGAAUCUCCUCCGUUGUUACGGUUAAUCCCUGCUCCUGUGAGGUUUGUAUCUUUGGCUGACCCUCCUCUUUCCGCCCCCUCGCUGCUGCCUGGCUGAUGACUGUUUGCUUACUCUGCACUAACUAAUCUUUUCUAACCUUUUUGCACUUGUGCCUCUUUCUCUUUCUCUUCUCUCUCGCCUUGCCUCGGCCCUUUUAGUACUCGGGGACACUUACAAUAUUCCUUUAGACCCCCGAGGUAAGCAAAAGACCCUGGUGAGCAGUGGUGGAAAAAUGCUGGGCCAGUUUCAUCCAUGAAUGUUCACAUGAUACAAACUGUUCUUGUUAUUUACCUAAGAACUAUACCGACCUCUCAAUCAUGGAGGAGAAGAGGGAUUAAGUGUUUCCACCCCUGCUGAGAAGUUUUCAGAUGUUUUCUUUAUUGUGAAUUAUGUUUUAUAAUCCUGAGCAGCAGAUUACCUCUGAAUCUUUUCACUGAGACACUCAGUUGUCACAUGCAGACUGCUUUAAGUGCCUGCAGAUGCUGUAUUGAAACAGGAGUGCUCUCUGUCAUGAGUGGAGAUGUAGAUUUCCUCCCUCUCUGUCUUUAAAGAGAAAAUCUCAGAAGUUUAAUCAGAGCAGAAAUCAUAAUUGUGGAUUACCGAGUACGUUUGAAGAGAUAUUGACGCUGAAAUCUCCUCCAAUCCUUUCAGAGACCAGUUCAUCAGCGAGCAGCUACACCUCCGAGUUCAACAAGAGGCUCCUCAGCACUUAUAUCUGUGAGUGAAGAAGUGAAUCAAGUCUCUGUUAGAGGGGAAAGUUCAAGUUUUCACGUCUGACUGUUUCUCCUCUCAGGUAAGGUUUUGGGGAACCUGCAGCUGAACCUGCUCAGUAAAUCCAAAGUGUACGAGGAUGCGGCUCUGAGCGCCAUUUUCCUGCACAACAACUACAACUACAUCCUGAAGUCGCUGGAGAAGUGAGCAGGACAAAAGUUUUUAAUGUUGAUUAAAGUCAAAAGGAAAAAUUAGUGAAUGAACCUGGAAAAGAUCAGAAUAAUUCUGCAAAGACCAGGAAGACUGAACGUACAGAUGUUUCUGAUCCUCCAGGGGUCUCUGAACGUUUAUGCACGAGUGUUUUCAUGUUCAUCGAAGGCAGAGGUGGGGGCUUGACGACUCGACUCGAGAUUCGACUUGGACUUGAGUCCCGUUUUUGAUGACUUAAGACUUGCUUGAUGAAAUCAAGAAAUGACUUGGACUCGCUUGGGAUUUGAUUGCUAAAGACUUGAGAGUUGACUUGACUUGAGCCCAGUGACUUGAAAAGUUUAUGGCUUUGAUAUGACUUGUUUUUGACUUGAAAGAAACAGUAAGGACUUGGUUGGGACUCGAAGCAAAAUUCCUAGGACUUGGUUGGGACUCGAAACAAAAAGUUCAGGACUUGGACUUGACUUGGGACUUGUCUGUGUUGACUUGGACUUGACUCCAGACUUGACAGCAAAGACUUGAGACUCGACUUGGACUUGCAACAUAGGGACUUUCCCCCACCUCUGAUCGAAGGUCUCUCCUCCGUUCUUAUUGAUAUUAUCUGACCAGAGUUUUAAUAUCUGUUCUAUAACGUGUAUAAAUGAGGCCCCUGACUUUUAAGUUAAAGAAGAAACAAGUAAAAACUCAGAAAGAAAGAGAAGAAGAAGUAAAUCUGUAGCUCAGUCUGUUCUGUGUCUAUGCUCUGAAUGUGUUCAGGUCUGAGCUGAUCCAGCUGGUGACUGUGACCCAGAAGAAAGCCGAGAGCUCCUACAGAGAGCUGAUCGAGCAGCAGAUCCACAUGUACAAGAACAGGUAAACACAAACAAAACAGUACGGUUCCUCAAACAUACCUGAGUCUGUCGGCUCUUUUCUGACCUGAUGCCUUUUAAUAUCCCAGCUGGCUGAAAGUCACAGAGCACCUGACGGACAGGAACAUGCCCGUGUUCCAGCCUGGCACCAAGGUCAGAACUUAAUUUUAUUAUCUUCAGCAAAGACGUGUGAGCUUCAACAUGUCUGUAUGAUUUCUAGCAAAGAAGAGAGGCUGAUAGUUUUAGCAGAGGCCCGGUGAGGCCCGAGUGUCUCCUGCAGGUCACUUUCAUAACAGCACUCACUGCCGAUCACUCAAGGCUCCUAAUGAUCCUGAAAAGCUUAAAUUCUCAUAGUUAGACGGACAGUUUUAACUGAGAAAAACACAAAGACUGGUAUGUCAGAGUUGUUUGAGAUCUAAAAAUAAAAGCAUCAUGUUGACGGCGUUCAGAAAAAGUCUCUUUCAGUCUCCUCUGGUUGACGUAACUGAAUUCUUUCCUCUCUGCAGCUGAAGGAUAAGGAGCGACAAGUGAUAAAAGACAAAUUCAAGGUGAGUUCAAUCACCUUUUUACACCUGAUGCUGUGAAAAUCAGUACAGUCAAAGCACAACCGGGAAAGAAUCAAGUGAACAAAGAGACCUCUGUCCUCUCCUGCGCCUCUCAGGGUUUCAAUGACGGUCUGGAGGAGUUGUGUAAGAUCCAGAAGGGAUGGGCCAUCCCAGACAAAGAGCAGCGGGACUUCAUCCGUCAGUCCCAGAAGAAGGUCGUGUCUGAAGCCUACAGGAGCUUCCUGCAGAGGUGAGCGAGACGCUUUUAUUAAUUGACUGUGAAUAUUUUUAUAAUCCUGUCUCACAUCCUGCAUCAGCAUUAUUACUAUUCCACGACAGAACUGUGUACAGUAUACCGGCCCUGAACAGCCUAAUCAAAUAAAAACACUGACUUGACAAAUUAAGUUUAAAAAGUAAUUAAUUUAAUAAUUUAAAGGUUGUGUCGUAGAUAAUAUACAAAGUUUUCAUCUAGGGAUGUAACGAUUGUUUUAACGAUUGUUAAAAUGUCUGAUGGUUAGUACGACCGUUUCAAAUUUUAAUUACCGUUAAAACCGUGUUUGAUCGCCGCACUCUGGAAAAGCUCACAGAUUGCUCAGUGUUGAGAAGAGCAGCCGCGCGACGAUGUUGCAGAAAUUUUUCCACCGUCAAAGAAAACAAAGUCUGAAGUCUGGGCGUAUUUCGGCUUCUACAAAGGGUUGUCAGGGAGCUUUUGUGCAUCCCAGUAACCAGCGUGCCCUCAGAGAGGAUGUUCAGUGCCAGCGGGAACAUCGUUUCCCCUCACAGAUCACAAACCAGACGAAGUAAAUGUGCUGACAUUUUUACAUUUCAGUCUCAAGUAGUGAACAAAGUCAGCAGCAGAACCUUAUGGUGGAGAAAACGGACAAUCGGUUUAUUAAAUUUGUUUACAUAUUUUACGUUAUUUUAAAGACCUGCACGACACAUUUUUUUACAUGUGGUUGUUUUGUUUCAUAUAGUCGUGUUGCUCAGUUUUAUAUUUGUAAGAGUCGAUCUUUUUGAGCAUUAAAGAUUCUUACAAUUUGCACAAUAAGGAAUGUCAUUUUAUUUGUAUUUGCGCACACACAGGUUAUUUUCAUUUAGCCUCUCUGUCUUCACUAUCUGCUAUAAAAAAUAUCAUUAAAGUGCCACACAGAUUUUAUAUUCCUGUGUAUAUAAUUUUAAUAAUAUAAUGUAUCAUAAAUAAAUGAAUAGGCCUCGUUGAUUGAUUGAUAUUGGAUUAUUGCAGCCUUGGGCUCCCUUCACACCAUCAUUGUUCUUGUUUUUCUUCUAGAUGUGCCAACAUUUCUUUCACUAAGAACCCUGAGAAGUAUCACAAGUAUCGACCUGAGGAGGUUGAGGAGAUGAUAGAGAGGCUGUUUGACACGUCUGCCUGAUUAACCCUUCCUCCUGCUAACAGCCCAGGUGCUCAGACUCUCCUCACACUGCUGCUUCCUCCCUCCCUCCUUCCUUCCCUGUGUCUGUAUGUUUUGUACAAAAAAAACAACAUGAUGUAUUUAUGUAAUUUAGCCGCUCCAGCUUCACAUUUUAAACUAAUAAAGGGAAAUCUGUGAAUCUA